GAUUGUUUUGAGCCCUUUGCCGUGAGCAAUAAACCAGUUCUCUUCUUCUUCUUCCUUCUUCAUCCUCGAUCUUCUUCUGUACAAUCAAAAGCUUAAAAGUUGCAACAAUGGCGUCCAAGAGAAUAUUGAAGGAGCUUAAAGACUUGCAGAGAGACCCACCAACUUCUUGUAGUGCAGGUCCAGUAGCUGAGGAUAUGUUUCAUUGGCAAGCAACUAUUAUCGGUCCAAAUGAUAGUCCCUAUGCCGGUGGAGUUUUUCUUGUCUCCAUUCAUUUUCCUCCCGAUUAUCCUUUCAAGCCUCCUAAGGUUGCCUUUAGAACACGAGUGUUUCAUCCGAACAUAAACAGCAACGGCAACAUCUGCUUGGAUAUCCUCAAGGAACAAUGGAGUCCCGCACUAACGAUAUCGAAAGUUUUGCUAUCAAUAUGCUCACUAUUAACUGAUCCAAACCCAGAUGAUCCACUGGUUCCAGAGAUUGCUCACAUGUGCAAGACUGAUAAAGUCAAAUAUGAAUCCACCGCUAGGAGCUGGACCCACAAAUAUGCGAUGGGUUAACUAUUCACUUUGUAUUAUUGAUGUUUGUUCACUACUUUAAUGAUAAUUAUUAUUGACGUCAUAAAUAUUCUAAAUAACGAACAAAAAAAAUGAUUUAAAAUUUUUUUGUCUUUA